AGCACCAAUAUUUCCGAUCUCAUCUGCAUAUUACUCUUAUUACUGGAUCAAGUUGAGGGAAUUGAAAAUGGAAAGCAGCAGUAGAAUCAAGAGGCGGCAUGUGGUAGCAAUGCCGUUUCCGGGAAGAGGACACAUCAAUCCUAUGAUGAACUUCUGUAAGCUUCUGACCACUAAAUUUUCAGGCAAGGAUGAUAUAAGAAUCACUUUUGUUGUUACAGAAGAGUGGAUCGGUUUCCUUGAGUCAUCAUCAACCGAGUCAACACUACCGGCACAGAUUCAGCUUCGUUCAAUUCCGAACGUGAUACCGUCUGAGUUGGUACGAGGAUUGGACCAUGCUGGUUUCCUUGAAGCUGUCUAUACAAAGAUGGAAGCUCCAUUUGAGCAGUUCCUCGACCAGUUGCAACAAAAUGAUGAUUCUGGUGUGGCGGUCACAGCUAUCAUAACCGAUACCUUGUUGCCAUGCGCAGUUUUUGCUGGCAGUCGGAGGAAUAUUCCGGUGGCUUCAUUUUGGCCGAUGUCGGCUUCCGUGUUCUCCAUUUUCUAUCAUGUUGAUCUCCUUGCUCAGAAUGGUCAUUACCCAAUCGAUUUCUCUUCAGGACUUUUGGACGAGCUAAUAGACUAUAUUCCUGGAGUUUCACCUAUAAGAUUAGCCGACUUGCCACCGCCAUUAGAUCAUUCUCGCGAACAGACCUUGAGGGGACUUUUGGCAGGUGUCAGUGCAGUUCGUAAAGCGAAAUGUCUUCUUAUCACUACCCACCAUGAGUUAGAGCCUCAAGUUACAGAAACUUUAAUGGAAAUACUCCCCGUACCUGUAUACCCGGUUGGUCCGUCUAUACCUUUCUCCAUUUCACUUGCGGAUGGUCGUGACACCAUUACAAAGAUGCAUAAGCAUGUAAACAUGGAGGAGCACAAGUACUUGAAAUGGUUAGAUUGCCAACCUGACAAUUCAGUCCUGUUUGUGUCCUUCGGUAGUUUUCUAUCAACUUCAAGUGAACAAAUGGAGGAGAUUCUGGCUGGGUUACUUAAGAGUGGUGUUCGAUAUUUGUUGGUUUUACGUGGUGGGCAAGAUGAAACCACUAUCUCUGCUGCUGAUUUAGAUUCUGGCAAUGAGAUGGCUAAUGCUCAAAGUUGUGUAGUGCCAUGGUGUGAACAGCUGAGGGUACUCUGUCAUUCUUCAGUAGGAGGUUUCUGGACACAUUGUGGGUGGAAUUCGACGCUUGAAGGUGUUUAUGCAGGUGUACCCAUGCUUACUUUUCCGGUAGGCUUAGAUCAACCCACUAACAGUAAAUUGAUUGUGGAUGAUUGGGAAAAUGGAAUGAAGGUGAUGAAAGAAGUCGGAGCAAAUAGAUUGGUUAAAAGGGAUGCAAUUGCAAUGACUGUCAAGAAGUUUAUGAACUCGAAUGGAGAUAAUGAAGAGAGUAGAAAGAUGAGGACAGCAGCUAAUGAACUCAAAGAGAGCUGCAGAAAAGCAUUGGCAAAGGGUGGAUCGUCUGAUAUCAAUAUUAAUGAAUUUAUUAAAACCGUUCUAAAAGUGGCAUAGUUACUAGUGAAUGAUCUAGCUUCUGUUUUUUUAUGACUUUAC